AUGACGAAUACCUGUCCUCUUCUUUUGAUCCCUCCUCCUCCUCCUCCUCCUCCUCCUCCUCCUCCUCCUCUAGGCUCGAAAGUACGUAUCGCGAUUUCGGGUCCUAGUAGUGUUUCUCCGUCGCUUGGCCACCUUCUAGAGGUGGCUAGUAUUAAAAAUAAGCUGCAAAAUUUCGCUUUUAACCCGUCGCCACCAGUUGCUGCUGAAAUGCCGCGCAACAAAAAAGCACCUGCCUCAAGCCGCAGCCCAGCUGAAAGUAGCUCUCAACCCAGUGGUUCAAAACGACCCCGAAGUGAAGAAGAUUCCUGCCCAUCGGACCACAAUGCCAGACUGUUGGCCAGAAACAGUUUUGCCACUCUUCCGGUACAAGGCGCUCCCGAUCAGAUUAUUCUGAAAAAGGCGAAAGUACCGCCGCUAUUCACAACUAAUAAAGAAAUCGCCUCCCUCCGGAACGAGCUCGCAGCUUCUGAAAUCCAUCCCUUAUUCAAGCUUUGCAGCGAGGGCACCAAAAUAGUUUGUUCGACCGAAGACGACUUUAACAAAACCCGACAGUAUCUCAAAACCAAGCAGCUCGAGUACUUUACCCAUGACUCCCCAGGAAACAAGCCAUUGAAGGUCGUUAUUCGAGGACUGCCAGAAAUUAAACCGGAAGACAUCGUGAUGGAGCUGAAACACCUAAACCGCAAGCCGAUCAAAUUGUUCCCCAUGAAACGUGCUGAAACAGGAAAUCAUCGAGACCUGCUGUAUCUGGCCCAUCUUGAGAAAGGUUCCAUUAGAAUGAGCGACCUCCGCAAAGUGCGAGCUCUCUUCAACAUUAUUGUUGAGUGGGAGUCUUACCACCCUAAGAAACGCGACGUCACGCAAUGUAUAAAAUGCCUUUCCUUCGGUCACGGGACGCGGAACUGCCACAUGAAUCCUCGCUGCGGCAGAUGUGCCGGUGCGCAUGAAACAUCGAGCUGCGAACAAAUGAUCGAAACAUCAGAACCGAAGUGCGCCAACUGUGGGGCUAAUCACGAAGGAUUUAACCGGGCCUGUCCCAAAAGAGCUGAAUUUAUUGAAAUCAGGAGAAAAGCGUCCACCAGGAAUCAGAAUAGUCACAAUCGUCGUCAAAACUCCCCCCCCCCCCCGCCAAACACAGAGGAAAAUUUCCCUCCUCUUCGGUACAACGUGCCGAAUCUGCCACCCCUACAGCUGAACCAACCUAGAAAAAACCUACAAUCAACCUUCUCCGCACAACAUCGAAUUACCAACGCUGCCGCAGAACCAUCAGCACUUCACGUUCCCCCGUCAACCUGGCGAAACUCAGGCUCCUCGACCUUUUCCUCUGCUGAUGAAACUCUUUUUUCUCUAGACCAGAUGAUGGAAUUUGUCCAAGCAAUGUACAAAGGACUCAGCCAAUGCCGAUCUAAGGAACAGCAAAUCCAAGCCGCAACUAGAGUGUUGCUAAACUUUAUGAGUCAAUAUGGGCCCUGA